GCAAACAACCAACCAACCACGCCAACCCCUUUCCCGGCCACCUUCGCCCAGCCAGCUUGUGCCUCUUGUCCCCCCCAUCGAUCCCUCUCUCUCUCUCUCUCUCUCUCUACCCUCUGCCAAUGUGGCUCCCCACUGCCCUCUGCUCUGCUCUCUUCUUUCUCCUCGGAACUCAUGAAACCCCAAGUUUCACACCCAUGUCCUUCACUAUUUUAGCUGCUGGAAUCUUAUCUUACUCAUCAUACACCUAGGUCUGAGUGACUUCACUCCAUCGCCAUCACAUCAGCUCAGUACACUGUGAAAGCAGUAUUUCUUUUGCAAGCUGACUUAUACCUUGUCGCCUAGGUAUUAGAUACUCAGCAGUCAUGUUUCGGUUUCUCGCUAAAGACCGCUCACACCGGCAGCGGCUAGAGCUCCACAAGGCGAUGGCAACCAUUGCUUCGCCAGAGGAGCCCGAGGCUCCCGCUCCAAUGGAAGAAGACAUCCCGUCGCCAGCCGCCAUGCCUCGGCGGAAGUCCGUUCAACUGGAGGAGCUCGAGCGGCCGUCUCACCGGCGUAACGCGGCUGCCGGCCACCAGCACACCACUGUGCAGGAGGAGCAAGGCGGCCCGUCCGGCAACGACCUAGCAGGGAUGUACGCGCCUCACAACGACCCGUCUCGCCGACGCAGCUCCCUGGAUUGCAUCCGUUCCGCGCGUCGUUCCGGCGCUUCUCUGCCACGCGCUAACGGCCCGUUUGGUGCUGCUGAUGAGAGCAGCGUUCAGGCGCGGCCAGACGCCGCUUAUAGCCAACAACGGAGUUCGGAUAGCGAGGAUGAAGUGAGCAGCGGGCCUGGCGGGGAGGUUCAGUCUCGGUCGGCGAGACGGCACCAGCAGAGCAAGCUUGCGCAACAAGCACAACAACAGUCGCGGCGCAACCCGUUCGAUUACGAGAUGGACGACGCGCAAUUAGUCCCGGGGCAUGGCUAUACGGCAGGGGGUAAUGGCCGCGGCGAUACAGCGGCGGGGAACGCCCGGUAUUAUGCGGGUGGGUGCGGUCGCAUGGCUGCUGCUGAGGGCCCGUCUUCUCAGUUCGAUAACAGGUUCUGCGACAUGACAGGAUGGGGAGGCAUGGACCAGGCCAUGCACCCUGCUGGGCUGAUGCAAGCCCGUGCUGCCAUGGUGGCUCAAGGUCGCUCUAAUAUCAACCAGGGGAAUACCUUCCCGGAUAUGAUGUGAUGUGACUAUUCCUCUGGACGCUGGUGUGUUCCUAUGCUUUGUGCGUGGAUUGUAGUGCAGAAAUGUCCAUCUUGGGGGAAGUUAAAGCGUGGUUUGACAUGCUGUCUCUAGUUUUUAUUUCCCCCACUUUUUGGUGCCGGAUAGUUAUGGGACCAGGGAACUUUAAUUGUUGAAAUGGCACCUGUAAAUGAGACGUUUUCUACAAAUGAUGGCAACAUUUCCUUUUCUUGU